UUAUACUAUAAAAGCAGUUGUGAAAUUAGCAACAAAAAUAAUAAUAAAAAUAUGUAGGGCAACAUAUAAUAAGUCUUCUUGUAAUUUACAGGAAAUAAACCAGAGAUGGAUGGAAAAACCUUUGCAAAAGUUUCAAAAGAUUGUCAUCUCUUAGAUAAGAAAUUGACAUCAACAGAUGUAGAUUUGAUCUUUGCAAAAAUCAAACCAACACCAGGUGCUAGAACAAUAGCAUAUGCUUAAUUUGAAAAAGGUUUAUAAAUGAUGGCUGAAAAAAAAGGAGUAGGAGUUUAGGAUAUUCAAAAUCAAAUUUUGAAUGCUGGUGGGCCUCAUUUUACUGGAACAAAAGCUGAUGCUGUUAAAUUUCAUGAUGAUAAGAACCUAUACACAGGUGUUCAUGCAAAUGGAGGUCCAUCAACUAUAGAUAAGAAUCAUGGUGGUUUGAAUACAAUUUGUGAUAGAUCCUAAGCUGAUGUUAGAGGAGUUAAAAAGUGAUAUAUUAUUAUGAAAUUACACAAUUAUUAUCAAUUAUAUAGUAAAAUAUACUUGUC